AUGGGGCAAGAUUUUGGGGGGAAAAAGUACCUCUGGGGCAACACGCCUGCCUUUGAUGUCUUGAACCUUGAAUCCAACGAGGGAGUAGACUACAAUGAACAACUGAACCUUUUAUUCGCCGCAUCUGGCGAUCUCCGGAACGUCGUGAAAACCAUCGCUCAGAUCCCCGCCAGCUACUGCCAUACUGUUGAUGUUACUCUAAACGACCUCGAUCUUGACAUUGUGGCUCGCAAUGCAAUCAUGCUUCUUAUUGCGUUUGUCGUUGACCAAGUAGACGAUGCAGUCGACUGCAUUAUACAUAUAUGGUACUCUGCUCUUAUCCGCAAACAUCACCUGGAAAUUCUGCAAAAGAAGAUCCGCCCACUCAUCCAGGACGUUUGCAAAAAGAUUGAGCAAAAGAAGCCCGGGAGCAUCCAAGGAAAGACGUGGAGGUUUGGGCAGCACUCCUUGAGGCUUGUGCUGGAGCAAUCAGCGUGGAGUCGUCUGCUAUCGUAUUUGGAUGUACCAUUUGGCUUGGACAACAAAGGCGCCCAGCGGAUACGCCGAGCAGUAACCCUUGCCGAGUCCAGGAAGGAUUAUCGUCACAGGAACUUGUUAUUUCACACACAGUCUCAUCGAAUUGCUAAGCAUCGGUUCUGGGAGGACGGAAUACUCCUACCAUUUGGGCUAAUGCGCGAGGAGUUUGUCGAGCCUAACCCGACCCUGUUCCAGACGGAUGACACUUGGCCUCUGCGGGACAAUGCCGAUCCUUUCAACGGGUGGCUCUGGAGAGAUAUCCAUGCCACUCCUAGCGGGCCUGCAACCGCAGAUAUAUAUGGAAAACUAUUCUGCCACGUACAAAGUGUACUGGCCUCGUUUCUUCGCCGUCUGUCAAGUCUCACCGCUGUUUUUCAACUCCUGCAAGUCAAUGCCCGUGAUCUCGAAGGCUACAUUGGGGCAGGGAAAUCCUUCAGUCGAAUAGAGGUUGCAAACAUAUCGGACUGCGGUUACCUCGGGCCACAUCUCACAGUCGGAAUCAUGGCGCCGAUGCUCCAGGAGCCGGCAGUGAACCCACACGCAACACUUAUCACGCUGUUCAUGAACGCCGUUGAUGAGAACAUGACUGAACAAGACCGUAUGGAAACCGCGAUGAGCAGCCAUUCAUCCAAAGUAUUGGUCGAAUACCUUCCGCCAACUAAGCCACCGAUCGGCAAGUACGACCCUGGCCUUAUCAAAUUCGUCUCCGCUCGGGAUCUCGUCAUUGGGUAUGAGCAGUACUUCGGCCGCUUCAAGGAAAAAUUCAAACUUCGGGAACUGGCAGAAUUCGUUGGGGCGGAAAUGAAAGACCGUCACACAAUUAUUGAGAAAUGGCCGUACAGGAUGAAACUCAAGCCUAAGCAGCCAGGGGCGCAGCAGGAGUUCGAGCUGACCCUCGCGAGCGGUCUGUCAACCAAGGAGCGUUAUAUGGAGUGGGGGAGAGCGUAG